AUGGCUGGUGGUCUUUUAAGCUCUCUAACUCUAUCGUACGACAUUGUGGGUAUCAUCGAUUGGGAAGUCACAUAUGCCGCACCGGCGGGUUUCCUCGCUGGGCCGCCGUGGUGGAUCACGGGUACCGAGCCGUUUGAAUGGAAUGAGGAGGAUGGGAGGCAUUUCAAUGGCAAGUGGGAGAUGUUUGUGGCGGAACUGGAAGAGGAGGAAAGGGUUCGAGGAGAGACUGAGCACGAGGUUUCCCGGUCGAUGAAGAGAUGUAUGGCUGAUGGCACGUUCUGGUACAAUUUGGCCAUAAGGGAAAGUAUGAAAUUGGCGGAGGUCAUCCGGCACUGUGUCGACACUGAGCCUUUUCGAAGUUUCUGGACUGAGCGGGCUGUGGAGGACGAUCUCGCUAGACUCGCGGGUUUUAUGGAUGGUCCGGGGUUGUUGAGUGGAGCUUCUCUUGCACGAAUUGCUACUAUAUUAGAAAAUCUGCUUCCUGCGAAUACACAGAGAGGUAUGCAUAGAUAUAACGGUAGGGUCCCUCAGCGCCCUGCCUGCCUAACCGAAACAGUAGACAUGUCGAACGAAGAUAACAAUGAAGACGAGUGUUCAUUCACCGGCUCUUCAUUCCACAUGCCGUCUCUAUAA